CGGGACAAAAUACCUGCUUGACAUACAGAAACGUAACCCGCCCAAAAAAAUCUCCUCUGAGGCGGGUGUGUGUGAUCCCAAGUGCAGUCAUGUGUGACCAGACAUUCGUGGCGGCCACCUUUGGCCCUUGUGAGAGCUGCGACAAGGCCAGCCCCCUCAUAAACAUCUACAUCAAGACAGAGCCCAUCAACUACUGCUCCUUCUGCGUGGAGAAGAUGGCGUGUCAGGGGCUCCAGGCGGGGGAAAGUCUGGCCUCGCUCAAGAGGGAAAGUGCCAAUUUAAAGAAGAAGUUGGAUGAGGAGAGGAACAAGCUCAACGACGUCGAGUUAAGCAAGGUGGCAGAGAAGGUGGAGGUGUUGUCAUCUCUGUCCAUCAAGACCAGACGUGUGCUCAAGGGUCACAACAACAAAGUGUUGUGCAUUGACUGGUGCAAAGACAAGCGGCGUUUGGUCAGCUCUUCGCCGGAGGGUAGAGUAAUUGUGUGGGAUGCAUUCACACUCAAUAAGGAGCAUGCCAUGAGCCUGCCGUGCACGUGGGUGAUGGCGUGUGCGUACGCUCCCUCAGGUUGUGCGGUGGCGUGUGGAGGUCUGGACAACAAAUGUUGUGUGUUCCCUCUCUCGAUGGACCCGAACGAGAAUCCAGUGACGAAGAAGAAGUCGGUGGCCAUGCAUACCAACUACCUGUCAGCAUGCACCUUCACCAACUCCGACAUGCAGCUCCUUACUAGCAGCGGUGAUGGCACAUGUGCUCUGUGGGACGUAGAGAGUGCUCAGCUGCUGCAGAGCUUCCAUGGUCACACUGCGGACGUCUUGUCGCUGGACCUCGCCCCCUCAGAGACCGGCAACACUUUUGUCUCCGGCGGCUGUGAUAAGAAGGCCAAUGUGUGGGACAUGCGUUCCGGUCAGAACAUCCAGUCCUUUGAGAACCACCAGUCUGACAUUAACUGUGUCAAGUACUACCCCAGCGGAGAUGCGUUUGCGUCUGCCUCUGAUGACGCCACGUGUCGCUUCUACGAUUUACGUGCUGACCGCGAAGUGGCCGUCUACCAGAAAGACAGCAUCAUCUUCGGAGCAUCUACUGUGGACUUUUCCCUCAGUGGUCGCCUGCUCUUCGCCGGCUACAACGACUACGCCAUAAACGUGUGGGAUGUCCUAAAGGGAACUCGCAUUUCCACAAUGUAUGGUCACGAGAACCGCGUCAGCAGAGUCCGAUUGUCACCAGACGGCACGGCGCUCUGCUCCGCCUCUUGGGAUAACACCUUGAGGAUUUGGGCCUAGUCUCAACGUGCGAAGAUCUGGAAUCAACAGAAGCGUUUAAACCAUCCUUCAGCGGGACAAAGACACAAGGCCAACAAAUAAAAACCUUCAAUGAGAUUACAAUCUGAAAAACAUGCUAAAAAUAUCAUAAAUGUAAGGUAUUUCUUUUAACACUAAGUGGUCGUGGUGUAUUAUUCUCAUAAUAGUUGGAUGAUGUCACUGACAAUCAGUUUAAUGUGUGAAGUGACAAAGGUAACUCAUUUCAAACACAGAUGGCUUUGUCCGUGAAUACAGUAGACUGUAUUGUCUGAGUAUGAAACUGGAAGGACAGCAGUUUGGACCAAAUUGGAUUUAUUCUAAUUCAAGCACUGUCGUAGUUGUAAUUUUUCUGCAAAUCAUUUGAAUUGACUGUAAAACUCCAACUGCAUUAAACACAAUUGCAUCACCAA